GUGUGAGGAGGAAGUCACACACACACGCACACAUACACACACAGGUAAUCAGACUGUUAACCACUGUGAAAACACCACUGAGGCUUAAACAUGUCUUUGGAUUUGACUAAAAUAUUGUUUGAAGGCUUCCUGCAGAAAAGAAAAGACACUAUGAAAAUAAGGUGGGCGACUUAUUGGUUCAGACUUCAAAACACAACGUUGUUCUUCUAUACCAAAGAGAACUGCAGUGCUUCUCACUUAAGAGGAUAUUACUAUAUUUACACAGUGCAGUCAGUGCGAGAGGUCCAGAGAGCGGACAGCAAACGCUUCAUGUUUGAGAUCAUCAUGACGAACGGAAAGAGAAAAAUGUUGGCAGCAGAGACAGCAGCUCUCAGACAGGAGUGGGUGGCACACCUCUGGCAAGCCAUGCAUCUCUCCACCUCGGGGGUCUCGGACUCCAGAGGCAUGAGAACAAACAGCAUUGUACCCGUCUGCUCACAAACUGACAGCGUGAAGUAUCUGCCUCCUCGGCCCCUCUCUGCCCCCUCAGGCCACAUCCACCAUGAGAUCAGGAGCAUCGCCUCCCCCGUCUGCAGGCCCGAGGAGCUGGACAUCGAGGAGGAGCCCUUGUACCAAAACCCAGAGUCAGCAUCAAACUACCAGGAUCAAACUGGUGCAGUCCAAUGGGGGUCCAAUGAGUUGAGCAACGCAGAGGAAACACAAGAAGGAGACUAUGAUGUUUUACCAGUUAGAAAACAGAUGUGUGAGUUUAAAGAGGAAACUGAGACAGACGAGGGCGUGUACGAUGUCCCUCUCUCCAACAGGAGGAUGGAUGAACCUCCAGACCCAACAGAAAGCAUCUAUGACGUGCCGAGCUCUUUAUUGAGGAAGACAUCUGACUCAGAUAACUCCUCAGAGGAGCAGCAGGCAGACGGCGUGUACUGGAGGAUAUAAAAGCAGCUUGACCUUUUUCUGUGUAGAGCAGCAGCAGACUUUGAGCCACUGUGUAUCUCAACAUGUGCACACAGCAACAGAUACACCAUGAACCAUGUCUGCAUGAGAGACAUCAUGCACAGCCACCACAGAGAGGUUCAACAGUGGAUUUUAAUUUCUUCUUCUUUUAGUCAAGGCAGAGCCACAAACACACAGAUACAAGUAUAGAGACGAUCUGUACAGAAAAGACAACACUCAUUACUGACAGUCAGUCGUAUAUAUUUUUACAUGUCACCUACUUCAAAGCUUUCAAGUUCACACAACCAACAUUUAUAUUGCUGUAUGACACACUUUGGACUGGUUUAAAUGGUUCUGAAAGCCUAAAAAUAAAAUGUAGGCAUGCUAAUAAUAUCUGUGAACCCUCGUUUAUAAACUAAUAUUUAUUCUA